AUGGCGGGAUCCAUGGCGGUGGUGUUGCACCAGAGCGAGGAGGCGGAGAGAUCGGAUUCUUUCGUCCCCGGAGAGCGAUGGCAAGUCUCGUUCGCUCGCUUCCUCCAUUUCCCUACUAUUCUCGGUAGCUUGCAUCCUUGUCUUGUACAAGUGAAGAGGCAUGCCGCCAAUCCCGGCACCUGGAUCUCUUCUUCUUCUCCAACUGCUACUCUGCAACUCGUCUACGAUGAUUCCUGCUCCGAUGCCAUUCUAUCCGUCUAUCUCCAAGGAAGAUUAGUUGAGGAGCACUACGUUUCGAAGCUGUAUUUUUCCUGGCCUCAGGUGUGCUGCGUCAAUGGAUAUCCUUCCAGGGGUACCAGAGCUGUGUUUGCUAGUUUCAAAGACUCUGCUGGUUUGAUCCAGAAAUUCGCUCUGCAGUUCUUAACUACCAGUGAAUCUGAGACAUUCAUCGGUUGUUUGAAGGACAUACUUGAGGAUCCUCCAUCUGCUGCUACUGAGCCAUCAAUUAGCGAUUUAAGGCCAGAAUCUUCAACACACUCAGCUGGUCUGUCAACUGCAAUGCCAGUAUCCAGGGAUUGCAUGGAGGAAUCAAGUGCCAUGUCAUUGUCACCCACCUACACUUAUUCGCCUGAGCUUCCCUUGAACAUAACUAAUGCUGCAGAAGAUCCAAUAUUGUCCGAAAACAGUAACAACAACGCCAGUAGUAGUACCUUUAUGCCUCCCAGCUUUACAUCUUUGCUGAGCAACUGCUGCUCUGAGACUAAACAAGCUGCAGGAGACACAAAUGUAGCUGAUGCCGAUGGUGAUCUCAAAUCACAAAUUGCGAAAUACAUGGAAGACUCUUCGUUCCAAGAUAUGUUGUUCAAAGUGGGGAAGGUUAUUGGCGAAAUUGGAUACGACCUCGUUCUUUGAUCCAUCCAUCCAUCCACCCAUCCCUCUCUUGACAUGGCUUAUAUCUCUCAGACUUCUCCAUUUCUGCAAUCAGCAACUGGUAAACUAUAGACAAAAAAGAAUUUCUCAUUCUUUUUGGAAGGGGCAAUCAACCAAACCUUUUGUCUCAAGUUUUAGAAGAAACCUACAAAAAUCAUGACCCAGUAGAGUCAAACCACUAUUCAUGUAUACAUACAACAGUCAAUAGGCAUGUCACUGUCCCCUUCAUGUG